CCCCCUCGCCGGGGGGGUGUGUGUGGAGGGAACUGGGAUCAGCCAGGGCCAGCAUGAGCCAGAGGGAGGGAAAUCUGGAAGACGACGCCCAGGCUGACACCCCAAUCUCACUCCUUCCUCACUUGGAAGCCAAGAUCCGCCAGACACACAGCCUUGCCCACCUCCUCAGCAAAUACGCUGAGCAGCUGCUUGAGGAAUAUGUGCAACACCAGGGAGACCCCUUUGGACUUCCGGGCUUCUCACCGCCGCGGCUGCCAGUGGCCGGCCUGAGCGCCCCGGCUGCGGGCCACACGGGGCUGUCGCUGCCCGAGCGGCUGCGGCUGGACGCCGCGGCGCUGGAGGCGCUGCCCGCGCUGCUGGACGUCGUGCGCCGCCGCCAGGCGGAGCUGAACCCGCGCGCCCCGCGCCUGCUGCGGUGCCUGGAGGACGCGGCGCUCCAGGCCCGGGCCCUGGGCGCCGCUCUGGACACCGUGCUGGCCGCGCUGGGCGCCGCGGCCCCAGGGCCCCGGCCGCCGCCUCCCGCCGCCGCCGCCGCCGCCAACUCCGCGGCCGGAGUCUUCUCAGCCAAGGUGCUGGGGCUCCACGUGUGCAGCCUGUACGGCGAGUGGGUGAGCCGCACCGAGGGCGACCUGGGCCAGCUGGUGCCCGGCGGCCCCGCCUGAGAGCGGCGCUGGCCGGGCUGCGCGCCCCCUCCUCUCGGGCUCCACUGCUUUGACUGCCGCGUUUCUGUCAGCGUCCAUUCUACGCGCGCCCUCCGAUCUCCGAGUCCGCUCAGGGAGCUAGCUUCCUGUGCCCACAGUUCCUUGCGUCCUCUCUCGAACCCCUUUACGUCUCUGGGGCACCUCUGGUCUCUCCCCAUCUUUCGUUUUUCCUCAGCUCAUGUGGGCGUCUGUACAUCUCAGCCUCACUUCACGGAGGUGACACUUUAUAGCGGCUUCUCUCCUUCCCUGUCUGUCCUUUCCUGCCUAGAAAGAGUGCCUGCUGGUCCCUGGUGGCAAUGCCAUCUAGCUCCAGGGUCGUCCCACCUGCUGUGCUCCUUUCCCCACUAGCUCCUUUGGGCCCUGCCCCUCCCCCUUGCUGCUUCACAGCUUCCAGCUGCAGCCUGAUCUAUAAAGGAGAGAAAACAAGCAACACCUUAGAAUUUUAUUUGAAAAUAUAUUAAUUUUUUGUAAAUAAAAUGUUUAAAAAGAAAACAA